AGAAGAAGAAGAAGGACUUAAUGUUAUUUUCGUGGUUGUUUUGCCACAGGUGGUAAAUGUGUUGAGAAUGAUUGUUAAGGAGACUGUGAGAAAGAUGCAGAGUGUCUUUGCAAAGGGAAACAUACAGCAUGGGAAGAUAACUGUUCAAAGAGAGUAAGGGAAGCAGAAAUAAUCAGUGUCAGAUCUAAGACUUAAGCAUGAGGAAGUAGGUAAGAAAUAUUAUGAUGUGGGACAAGAAGCAAAGGAGGACAAAUCAGUCAUGAGGCAUGAUGAGUUUUGCCUUUUGAAAGGAUCAGGUGAAGUUUUUGACAAUGGUAAUUAACUGUACUGCUGGCGUAGAAAGAAAAUAUGAGGAAAUUGACAUAAUUGUAGAUGCAGCAAGGAGAUUUCUAGGUGUCGUGGGAGUUUCCGGAGAAGGUGUGCAGCAGAUGUUGAGAGAAGCUUUCCGUUUCUCUCAAACACCUGAAAAAGAGUGGGAGAGGGGUGCAAUCAGAUUAUUUCAUUUAGUCAGUGGAUAUUUUAGUUUAAAUCCAGUAGGUGGCGGUAUGCACCUUUAAGGUUGGCUUACAUCCGCCAAUAAACACAACGAAGAAGAAGAGUAAGCAGGAAAUAUUUUAGUCUGAACUAUCGCUAGCUUUAUGUGUCGUUCAAGUUAGAUGACAUCGAAAUUGAAAGGAGGUGUUAGAGUUGUUUUUUUUUGUUUUAUUUAUACAAACAAUUGUUUUAAACCAGGCCGUUCUCACUUCGCGUAUAUUUUGGAUAUAAAGUGUUUUAAAGGCUCUUGAAGCGGUGACAGAACUGAUGCAACAUGUCAGCAGCUGCUGUCAAUAGGUGUUUUCUAUCAGCUCUGAGGAGACACACAGGCUGUCAGAUCCGUGGACUAAACUCUGCGGCAGAGAGGACAGUCAGCCGCGUGUCCUCUGUCUGGACAUGUAGCCACAGAGGAGCAGAGGGACACACCAGCCUGGACAGGAGAGCUGCAGCCGGGUACAGGAGGAGAGGUGGUCGGGACAGCAGCAGCUCUCUUCUCCUGUCUGUGUCGGUGGGUUUGGGGCUGUGUGGUGCGGCGCUUCUGGACAGAAAAGAAGACGAAGAAGAAGAAGAAAAAGUGGACGACAGAGGCGCCUCAGUAUCCCAGAGGUUUCUUGAACUCAUCCUGCCAUCAGCUCACUGUGCCUCCCCCUUUAAACCUGACAGCCCCCGGUAUAAAUACAACUUUAUUGCAGAUGUGGUCGAGAAAUCCACUCCAGCUGUUGUUUACAUUGAGAUAGUGGGCAGGAACCCAUUUUCAGGACGGGAAGUCCCAGUGUCCAAUGGCUCUGGUUUCAUUAUCAGCAGCGACGGUCUCAUUGUCACCAAUGCUCAUGUUGUGGCCAACAAGAGAGGCGUCCGGGUGAAGCUCACCAAUGGAGAGAUGUACAAUGCUACUGUGCAAGAUGUUGACCCAGUGGCGGACAUCGCCACCAUCAAAAUCACUGCCAAGAAUCCUUUGCCCACGCUCACACUUGGUCGGUCAGCUGAUAUCCGACAAGGAGAGUUUGUGGUUGCGAUGGGAAGUCCGUUCGCCUUAAAGAAUACAAUCACAUCAGGAAUCAUCAGCUCGGUACAGAGAGGCAGUAAGGAGCUGGGCCUGUCCAACUCCAACAUGGAGUACAUCCAGACUGAUGCAACAAUUGAUUUUGGAAACUCCGGAGGGCCCCUCAUUAAUUUGGACGGUGAAGUCAUCGGUAUAAACACCAUGAAGGUCACUGCAGGGAUCUCCUUCGCUAUUCCAUCUGAUCGCCUGAGACUUUUCCUGGAUCAAGCAGCAAAAAGAAAGAAUUCCUGGUUUGGUGAGUCAGACACUAAGCGGCGGUACAUUGGCGUUAUGAUGCUGACACUGACUCAGAGCAUCAUCGCUGAGCUGAAGUUGAGAGACCCGACCUUCCCUGAUGUGACACAUGGCAUCCUGAUCCACAGAGUCAUCUUGGGCUCCCCAGCAAACAGAGCUGGCAUGUUACCGGGAGACGUUGUGGUGGAGAUCAACGGGGUGAAGGUGUACACCUCAGAGGAGAUCUACCAGGCCGUCCGCAGCAGUGACAAAAUCACCAUGGUGGUACAAAGAGGACAAGAAUUGCUUCAACUGCAAAUGACACCUGAAUACACAGAGUGACACUAACCUGACGGACAAACAGCCACGUCACUAAUUCAUGUCUACAAAAAGACUAUGUGAAAGAGUUUUUUUAACUUAUGAUUUUGUUGUUGGGUUACAGUUUUUGAUGAUUUGUUAAAUAUGUUGAUACUGUAUGGUAAAUGAGUUAUAAGACUGCGUUUACCGCCUCUGAAGCAGUCUGUGAGAUUUUUCUUAGUUUGAACCAUGAUGUCAGGACCUGAAGACUUGGAUGGAUUACCAAAUAUCCCAGUUUUUAUUCUUGGGUUUGUUAAAGUACAUUAACAACAGUAUUGUCUUAGUUUCUAGUAACUUCUAUCUGGUGGAAUAGCAAAACUACUGUUUCAUGAUAUGAUUUGUGUUUCUGCCACCUAACAUGCAGUGUUUGUAAAGUGCAAGUUAAUGAAACUUGAAACAAUAUACUUUAAUAAAGCCAUUUAAUGUUAGACAGCAA